GUCACUGGGCCUGUCGUUUAGGGUUGAGGUUAGAUUUGGAGGCCGUAAAUAAGUAAACCGAUUUGAUCCGGUUGUUAGACAUGCUCAGUAAUCUAGAGAUCAUUUAAAAUAAAAGUGAUCCUCCUCACAUCAAUAGCUGAAUACAGUUAUAAAUUCAAGGCUCAAUCAUUUGUGUAUCGACAAUAUGUCAAAAAGUGAAAAGCCAUGGUAGAACGACUGGGAAACAAGUAUCGUUAUAGUGUCGGCUGUGCCUUUACUUUGAAAACCCCUGUCAGCUGGCCGGUGUCGUUCGCGGCGCUUCCUGUCUUCCUACGGUGUAGCGUCGCGGCCACUCUGCCCCUUGCUAUGCGAGUACGAGACCCGCUGAACCUGUUACCCUCAUGACGAUGGGAGACGUUAUAUGCGAAGAAUUGGAGGAUCUAGUACACUUCUCGGUCCAUGAUUUGCCCGGUCGCGGAUAUGCCGUCAUGGAGGAGAUCCGACGGCAGGGGAAGCUGUGUGACGUGACGCUCAAGGUCGGGGAUCACAAGUUCAGCGCCCACCGGAUCGUCCUGGCGGCGUCCAUACCCUACUUCCACGCCAUGUUCACCAACGACAUGGUGGAGUGCAAACAGGACGAGAUCGUCAUGCAGGGCAUGGACCCCAGUGCACUAGAGUCUCUUAUAAACUUUGCAUACAACGGCCACGUGGCCAUCGACCAGCAGAACGUCCAGUGCCUGCUGAUCGGUGCCAGCUUCCUGCAGCUCCAGAACGUGAAGGACGCCUGCUGCUCCUUCCUCCAGGAGAGGCUUCACCCAAAGAACUGCCUGGGCGUGCGGCAGUUUGCCGAGACCAUGAUGUGCACGACGCUGUACGACUCGGCCAACUGCUUCGUCCACCAGCACUUUGCGGAGGUGUCACUGUCGGAGGAGUUCCUGAGCCUGCGGGGGGAGGAGCUGGUGGAGCUGGUGGGCUGCGAUGAGCUCAACAUCAAGGCGGAGGAGCAGGUGUUUGAGGCGGUCUUGGCCUGGGUCCGGCAUGACCCGAAGGAGCGGGAGGUGCUGCUGCCAGAGCUCCUGUCCAAGAUCCGCCUCCCGCUGUGCCGGCCGCAGUUCCUAGCGGACCGCGUCCAGCAGGAGGAGCUGGUGCGCUGCUGUCAUAAAUGUCGAGACCUGGUGGACGAAGCCAAAGACUUUCAUCUCAUGCCCGACCGCCGGCCCCACCUGCCGGCCUUCAAGACGCGCCCGCGCUGCUGCACCUCCAUCACGGGCCUCAUCUACGCCGUGGGAGGCCUCAACAGCUCUGGGGACUCGUUAAACAUUGCGGAGGUCUUUGACCCUAUCGGAAACUUUUGGGAGCGAUGCCAGCCAAUGAAAACGUCACGGAGCAGGGUGGGCGUGACUGUUGUCAACGGGCUGCUGUACGCCAUUGGGGGAUUUGAUGGCCAAUCGCGGCUCAGCACGGUGGAGGUCUAUAACCCGGAGACGGACACAUGGGCGCGGGUUUCCAGUAUGAACAGCCAGCGCAGCGCCAUGGGAACCGUGGUGAUUGACGGCCACAUCUACGUGUGUGGAGGCUACGACGGCAAGUCUUCUCUGAACUCAGUGGAGUGCUACUCCCCAGAAACAGACCGGUGGACGGUCGUCACGGAGAUGAGUGCUUGUCGGAGCGCGGCGGGCGUCACCGUGUUCGACGGGAGGAUAUUCGUGUCGGGCGGCCAUGACGGGCUGCAGAUCUUUAACACGGUGGAGUUCUACAACCACCACACGGAUCGCUGGCACCCGGUGUCGGCCAUGAUCAACAAGCGCUGUCGCCACGGCGCCGCCGCCCUGGGCAGCCACAUGUACGUCGCCGGCGGUUACGACGGCUCGGGCUUCCUCAGCGGGGCGGAGGUGUACAGCGCGGCCGCCGGCCAGUGGAGCCACCUGGUGGCCAUGAACACGCGGCGCAGCCGGGUGUCGCUGGUGGCCACGUGCGGCCGCCUGUACGCCGUGGGCGGAUACGACGGCCAGUCCAACCUGAACUCUGUGGAGACGUUUAACGCAGACACCAACCACUGGGCCUUCCUGGCGCCCAUGGCGUGGCACGAGGGGGGAGUCGGCGUGGGAUGCGUGCCGCUUCACCCUGCCUAGCUCCGCCCCCCUCCAAUCCCUUACUCCUCCUCCGUCUCCAACGACGACUAGACCUCCCAACUUCUCCUCCCCCCCU